CUCAGGUGUUUAUUUAUGGAAUUUACCUAUGUUUGGUCUCUUUGGUUAGAACAAAAAGGAACUUUACCACAAGCUAAAGAUGGCAAGUGCUGAUCAGAUUUUGAGGCAAGCAUUGAGCAAGUAUAGAUACGCAGACAUCUCCAGGAGAGAUGUGACAAACGCCAUGACUCAUUUUAAAGAUUUACGGCCGGAUCAUGAUUUGUUUAUAUUUAAUGAUGGCAAUAGAAAAGAACUUUUGCAUUUGGAUGGAACAAUACCUGUUACAUAUAAAGGCAGUAUAUACAACAUUCCUAUUUGUGUUUGGAUUAUGGACACACAUCCCUACAAACCUCCCAUGGUGUUUGUGAAGCCCACCAGUACAAUGCAAAUAAAAACUGGAAGACAUGUGGACUCCAACGGGAAAGUAGACCUGCCUUACCUCCAUGACUGGCGUUUUCCUCAAUCUGACCUGUUGGGACUGAUACAGAUUCUAGCCAUUGUGUUUGGAGAGGAGCCACCAGUAUAUUCCAAGCAGUCGCAGAUGACUCAGUCAUCAUCCCCUAACAGCUAUCCUGGGACCGGUAAAUAUCCUGGUGUAUCACGCCAAUGUAUCGACCCCGAGACUACAUUCAACCCUUUUGCAGCACAGGCACCAAUACAUGGUCAAGGCUACAAUUUGGAAAUCUUCUUCCAAACCAUGGAACGGUUCGAGCUUGACGACAUAAUGAAUACAUUGAUAGAACAUGGCGUCGAUUGCGUGGAGACGUUUUGUUCUAUGACUGAAUCCGACUUCAAGGAGAUGGGACUCAACAUAGGUCAAAGAAGGAAAUGUAUCUUAGCUGCAGAGCACAUUAAAAAUUAUGGCCUUAAUGGAUAAACUAUUUUAAUUCAAUGAACAUACUUUUCUCAUAAUCUAUAUAUUUUGAUUUUUUAUAAAAAUGUCUCAUCAAUAGUUUAAGUUGUUGGAAUUCAUGUAGACGUGUUAUGAUCUCCAAUUUUAAUAUUUAAAAAAAUGGAACUCUGGGAAAUUAUAUAGAAUUUUAAUCUGAUCAAAUGCAAACUUAUAAAGUAACUUGAAUCUUCAACGAUUCGCUUUAUUAUUUUCUAAAAUGGUUAACCUGAACUAUAGAGUGAGGUUUUUAGUAUGAUUAUGUAAUUAUAAUACUUUGAUAUUUCGUUUUUUGUUCAUUCUCUAUUCAAAGAUCUUUCAUUUCAACCCAAGUGUUAUAAUAAAAUGUUAAAAAUGUAUGUAUAUUUUUCUUUUAUAAACCACUUAUGAAUGUUUCUAUAAAAUGUAUAAAUAUAAACAUAUAUAUCUCUCUACCUAAUUGUAAUAUGUUUUUAUAAAUUGAUUGUUUGAUACUUUUAAAGAAAAUAGAAAUAGCGAAUGAAGAAAUGCAUGAUAAGGUUAACGAAGAAAAAUGUUUGAAUGAUCUAGGUUGUUAAAGUUUGAGUACAUUUUAUUAUUUGUGUUAGUAUGUAUAUUAUAUGUAAAAAUUCGCACUUUUGACACAUCACAUGUAUAAAAUGGUCAGUUACUCUUUCCGGAAUAAAAUGGGGAGAGUAAAUAUGAAUAAGAAAUUGUGUCUUA